AUGAAUUACGAAGAUUUGAAGAAAGAGGCAUUCAAGUACUUCGUGUCUGAUGAAGACGUCUUCGUAUACAGGAGUGAUACUGCAUUUCUACCACCAGAAUACACGAAAGAGGAGACAGGAAGCAGAGUAGAGUUCAAAAUAGACAGGAUUGAGAGUGUGGUAAAAUAUGUGCUACAGAACAAGAAUACCAGGGUAGAGGAGUAUGUGGCAUGUGGGGAUGUUGAUAGGGGCGUAUGUGUCCAGAACAUUCAGUUCAAGUUGAACAGAAUUGGUCAUAGCAGAAACUAUGGGGACUUCUCAGAUUUAGACGUAAACAGCCCUACAAUUUGUUCAGUUGAGAAAUUCAACAAAGGCACCUACAAAAAAUUCAGGCACAAAACGGACAAAAUGCCAGAAUACUCCCACGUCUUCGCCUAUGCCAGAAACAACAAGCUGUUUUACACGUUCUACCUGGACGACGACCUCUUUUCAACCACAUUCAGUCUGGUGCAAAUGUACAACUGUGUGGAGGUGCUCUUUACGGAUGGCUCGUUUCAACGCAUCUUCGAUGGCUGGGGAGUCAGCAGCAACAGGGUGACUCAAAGUGAUCUGCUGAUUGAGACCUAUUUCACCACCACUUUCCAAAAGGAGUUCUUUGAACUGGGUGAUUUCUGUCUGGUCAACAUCAACGACUUUGAUUUGGUUGAUUUUCAUACUCAGACAGCUCAGGGGAAGAGGCUGUUGAAUCAGUGGCUUAGGAGUCCACUUCUCAGCAAGAACGAAAUCAACAAGCGCCUUGAUCUCGUUGAACACUUCAAGGAAGUCGAUAUCAACCUGUCAAAAUUCUUUGAUCUCAAGAGACUCGUAGCCAAAAUAGAAAAUAGGACAAUUUCAGUUGAUGAAAUAGUCAACCUGUACGAAUCAAUCACCGUGAUACCGCUACUAAUUGAUAAAAUUGGAAUUGGAAGAAAUCAGACAGUUCAAGAAGACCUGAUUGAUCCACUCAGGGAGUGUCACCAGGCAUUGAAACCAGUUCAGACUGAAAUUGAGUCACAAAUUGAUGUGAACAGUGGUGAGAUGUUUGUUGAUCAGAAUGAGACAUCCAAAUCACUGAAAUCAGCAAAGGUGGAAAUUGAAGGCGAAAUGGAGAAGGAAUUGGCAGAAAUCAGGCAGAGUUUCCCAGGGGCCAAAAUGCAAAAUGGCGUAUUCAAAGUGACCAAGAAGGAGUUUGGCCACACCACGAAAUACAAAACAAUUUCAGUCACAAAAACAGGCGUGACUUUUACUACCAAAAUGCUCACUGAAUUAUCAAACAGACUCGAAGAGACAAAUAGAAGAAUUCUGGCUGAAACCAGGAUACAGCUGGAUGCAUUGAGGUCGUUCUUGUGCACCGUCUCGCAGUCUCUUGAAAUCUACAACUUUGUUGUUGCCCUAGUGGACAUUUUUAAGGCAUUUUCAAUCAAAUGCAUAACACCAGGGUAUUCGAGACCAUCAUUCUCAGGUGGCACUGAAUACGCAAUCAGAGGGAUGUGGCACCCUGCUAUCAAGAACGAGGCAGUCAAAAACGACCUGGAAUUCAGCAAAAACAUGUGUGUACUAACUGGGCCAAAUAUGGGCGGAAAGAGCACCUUCAUCAAGACACUUUCACUUGUGUCCCUGUAUGCGCAAAUUGGCUGCUAUGUCCCUGCAUCCGCUGCAACUCUCCCCAUUUUCGAGCGCAUUGUGAUGCGAAUUGGUGCCAGAGACGUCUCAAGCCAGCACAUGUCCACUUUCAUGGUGGAAAUGGCCGAUUUGAACCUGAUUUGCCGAAACAGGAAGUUUGCCCUGGUUCUGAUUGACGAGCUUGGCCGUGGCACCAGCGCAUCAGACGGCCUAAGCAUCAUCCUGGGCGUGAAGGAGUUCCUUGAGAGAACCAGAAACUUCACCGUGAUCACCACGCACUUCAGCGAGCUGAGCCAGGCCUCGUCUCAGUCCCUGAUCAAGCGAAUGGCCGUGAAAGACGGGCUGUUCACCUACAAAGUCGAAGAAGGUGCUGCUGACGACUCAUUUGGAAUAAAAGUGGCAGAAAUGGCCCAGUUUCCCAGGGACGUGAUCGAGGAUGCCCUACGAUUCCUCUGA